CGCUGUGAGGUCCAUUAAACUCUGCCCCUGGUACGCAGGGGCAAAGAAGACCCCCUAGCCACCCGUUUCACUCGCCCCUCGCUUCCCCGCACCAUCAGGUGACGCAAAGUUCUAAAAGGGCGGGCGCGGUUUCCAUGACAACAAUGGAAUUAAACAAGAACGAAUAACAAAAAAUACACAUACGUUCAAACAAUUCGAAGGCACUCACACAGGCGUAUCAGUUAGUGGAAACUCUAAAGAAAAACUAGCAAGAUACGUUUGGGUGGGUUUGUGUGUGUGUAUUUGUGUGUGGCACUUCCCCCCAAACAGGGGGAACAGGUGAAAUUGGGCAUUGGCCAAAAACGCAGUCACUUCGGAAGCGCUCCCCGGUACGGUACUGCGGUGCAGUGGGUCUUCGACUAGACUCCACACCUCUGUGAAAUUGAGCGUGAACUCCACGGGUGUCGUCGGAUCAGUGUGUUUACGAUGGAAUGAUACACGAAAUUUGGAUGUAUUUCACAAGAAUAACCAUUUGUGUGUAGUUCUCGUACAGCGUUUCAAAUCACGUAAGAUUAUUUAACUUGCGAGUGUUCAAACAGUGCACAAACUGUGUUUACGUUCAUUAGAAAGCUUUCGGGGAAAAAAUGGAAGGUUGCUACCGCGUUGACAGUGCGAUGCCGUAAGUGACAGUGCGAUGGUUUGUUUGUGUAGUUGUGCUGAAAAAGAUGGCUAUUCGGUUCGGUUUGAAGGGCUAUACAACUGAGCGAAAAGGUGACCUUUUAAUUAGAUUCUUGCCGUUCCGUACAGUGACACCAGUGGUGCUGAUCGUGCGUGGCGUUCAAACAGCAUUCAAUCUUUUGAAGUAAGCCCAAGGAAAGGGAUACACAAGUGUAAACAAAAGUCCGCCAAAGACUUGUCGGUGUACGGAACUCGCUCUUGAUACGGAAAAGAGCAAAUUGAGCAAAAACAAAAAACAACAACCUUCAACUCUGUUUGAUUUGUUUGACGCGCAUGUGUUUAUCCGAGAAGUGUGUUGUGUUUGCAAAAAAGGAGCGUCUGAGCAGUUGAUAUUAGCAAACGUGCAUCACCGGGCGGGUGAUUGAGCAGAGCAAAGAUUGCCAAUGACGCUCGGCGUUAGUCAAUGCCGUCGAUGCGAAAACGGCAGCGAUUAGCUGUCCGAAGGUGUGCAUAUACGCGAAAACGCCACGCGCCCGGAUCAAACGCGCAGUAAAGCGGCAUCGUUCCGUGCCUUUGCUCGUGCCGUCGCCGAAUGCUGCCCAGCGGAUUGAUGAGGAAAGCAAACAGAAAUAAUGAAGUGCAAUUUUCGUUACCUGGCGCGGGUGCUGCUCGCUGGCGGUUGGUUGCUUCAGCUGCUGCUGUGUCUGGUGGCACUCCCGGCCCAAGGAUAUAGCAGUGAUCCGCAUCUGUUCGAGAAUAGAGAUGGCUACAUCAUCGGGAACUAUCUGCAGGCCACCGACCAGGACAUUCGAGACUUCUUCUGGACUGGGUCCGGUGAUGGGCCGAGCUCGGUCCUGAGCCCGUUCGAGCGGUUCCCAAUCAGUGAGGACGCAAUCAUCAAGACGGCCACGGUUGUGGCCACCGUCUACAUCGAUCGCAACGAUGGCCAGGGCGGGUACGACGAUCUGUGCAUCUUUGACUGUCCGCCGGGAGGCGAUCGGGGCGACGGCAUUGACCACCUGCCGAGCGACGGGGACGAGGUGGACGUCUACGGUCAUACCGUGGACAACGUAACGCCCACGGACCGACGCUUCUGGCUGAUGACCGUCAUCGGGGGCCUGUACGGUCGGCCCGACUAUCCGGCACUCGAGAGCAAACUGGCCAAGCUGUAUCGGGUUGCAUUCGCCAGGCAACAGGCAUUACAUCUCGGUAUUAACGGAAGCACCAACAACAACCAGCAGCAGCAUUAUCAGAACAACAAUACACUCGAGCAGCAAUCGAUGGCCGGGGAAGACGGUGAGCUGCUGCUGCUGGGCCACCGUACCAAGCGUGCAGUAUUGCCCGAGCGGGACGGAAUCCACCGAGGCUUAGCAGCAGCGCAACAACAAAAGGCUGCUGCUGCUGCUGCUGGGCCAAAACCGGAGCCACCUUCCGCCGGGCGGAUGCUGCUGAAUGGAAACGUCAUUGCGUACGAACGUGGUGCAGGGCGGCACAGGCGACGGAACCGGCAGCGCAAAACCGUGCACAAAAGAGAUACGGUCCGGAUGGUGCGGCUGGAGGAACAGCCCCGAGGGAGCGAGGUGCUGCCCGUACCGCCCGUAGUGGAAAUCAUCGGUGGAAACGAUCCGACCAGCCCGAUGGACCAGGCGGAAAAGGAGCCAGGCAGUGGCAGCGCAGCCGGUGACAGCAACGGCGGUGAAGAGUCCGAAGAACAGUUACGUACGCUGGCCGGUGGUGCUGCUGCCGAUGGUGGUGGAGAAGGACCACCGCCCGACCGGACGAUGGUUAGGCGCAAUCACGACAAGGAUGCAUACUCGACGGGCCGGCGCAAGGUGCGGAUCCUGAUACACAAUACCACCCACUUGCGGGAGGAGGAUCGAUUGUCGAUGGAUGACGCCGGGCGGGCAAACAACAACCGCUCCAAGAGCCAACGCCGGGUGGUGGGCGCACCGGAUACGACGAAUAACACACUGAACCAAACGGAAAUCAUCUACUCCGUGUUUGUGGGCGGCCUGCCCGUACUCGCGACGACGGCCGCCGAAGACAUGAAGCUAAUGUCGCAGGACGAAAUGGAGCACGUGCUGGAGACGAUGGUGUACCUCAAGGCAGACCCGUAUCUGAAGGAACCGCAGGCGACACCGUUGAUACCGUCGACGCAGAACGGCAGUGGUAACGUGAUAGCGUUGAUCGGCCAAAACCCGAGCCUGGUCGUGGUGUCGUGUGUGGCGGCCCUGCUGCUCCUAGUGCUGUGCGUGGGGCUGUUUCUGCUGGCGCGUGGCAAACGGAAGCACAUCGGUGAACUGAAGAAGCUGGAAUCAACGCAAGCGCUCGUAAUGCCGGGCACGAUCAGCGAGGAGUUGAAUGCGCUGAAGACGGGCGAAAGUGGCAGCAGUCGCCAUCCGUCACCGUACACGCGCGAUCCGUCCGCCAACGUUAGCCUGAUUGGGCAGAAACCUUCGCCAACGAUCCACUUCCCGCUGCCACCGAUGACGCGGCCCACCUCCUCGUCCUCGAGCUAUUCGUCCGACUCGUCCGUGUACUAUCCGAAGCGCAAGCAGAAGCACCAUCACCACCAUCAUCAUCAUCACCACCAUCAACAGCAGCAGCAGCUCCAGCAGCUGCAAGUUCAGCGCCACGAACUGCUGGACGAAAAGUCCGUCAAUCUGAGCAACAAGCUGCAGAAACAGUUCCACCUGCAAUCGCUGCUGCCCGUGCACGGUGGGCCCGAGAACGUGUACGCCUCGGUGCAGAAGCCGAAGAAGGAGUCGAACAAGCGGCGCCGGAAGUAUCUGGGCGAGAAUCGGGUCGGAUCGUUCGAGGGUGGCGGGACGGUGCCGGUGCCGCCACGCAGUCCACUGACGACGACCACCGCCAGCAGCGCUAGUCCGAGCGAUCGGUCGGCGUACGACGAUCGCGAACCGAAGCUGGUGCCGGGCGGCCCCCCGUACGGUCACACCGAAACGUUCAACACGGACGUGAUACUGAAGCACUACCUGCGGCGCAAACCGCUGGUAGGGUACGGUGGCGAUGGGCCGGGCCUGCCGGUGGAGGCACUGAACCGGGACAAGAUCCGCGUGCUGGAGCAGUGCGGUGGCGGUGGUGGCGUGUCGGUCGAUUCCGGCAGCAUCGGGUCGUACCUGAGCAUGGCGUCGGUGAAGAGUUUCCCCAGAUGCUUUGUGCCGGAGCCGCUGAGCCGCGUGCUGGAACCUGUUACCAUGACCCAUCUGGACCAGUCGGACGUGUAUGCGGAGGGUAUGAAGUCGACCGGGCCGGACACAGCUGCCACUAGUCAGUACAACACCGACACGGAAGUUCACCUAACCCGAACGCAGAGUGAUGGGGCCGAUCCGGGCGUGGUGGGCCCGAUCGUAUGGCAGAUGCACAAGAAGGAGAUGGACGUAUACUCUUCAGAGAUCGCUAGCCCCAUGCGCGACCCAGUGGUGACGCGGAAUCGCUUCGAGGGCCUCCUGGAGGGUGCCAUCCAGCUGUACACCGAUGAACCGGAACGGGAGGAAGAGCAGAAGAACUCGAUCCCGCUGCCGGGCGUUAUACGCCCGGUGGAAAAUCGUGGUAAAUCAGCUGUCGUUGUAAGAGAAACAUCCCGCUCGUCUUCGGCCACCAUACGCCCGGUGACGGCCGCCCCGGUACGUAGGAACCAGCAGGGACUGGCAGUGGAGCAUCCGGUUUCGCCCACGCCGGGCACUACCCGUGGUGGAGCGUGGAGCAGUGGCACCCAUUCACCGCUGGUACGGCCGACGAGUGCGGGCCCGUUUCACACCCCAUCGGGACCAUCGGUCGGUGGCGCACUGGAGGUGACACGCAUUACCGCACCGCAAAGUGUUCUUCAGUCGACGGAACUGUCGACGGCCCCGCUGCUGCAGAACAUCAUGCAGGAGCUGAAGCGUUUCCGUAACGAGCAAUAAUAGACGGGCCCCGGACGGGUGCCGCACCACGGAAGAUGUUCAGAGCAGCAAUACCUUUACAUAAGAGUCUUUUUAAGUGUGUAUUAUGGGGUGAUCCUUGCUUGAGAAAGGAGAAGGGAGUUUUUAUAUACGUAUAUUUGUACCUAUACAUUACACAUUACACCAUUACUACAACGUACUGUAAAGAUUCACCGAGUUAAAUCGACCAGUGAGAGAGAGAGGUUUUGAUUAUUUCGACGAUCGCUAGGGGAUACGGCUCUAGCAGAUGGGUCGUUGUACCAAUUUCGUACUCCUCCCUCAAUUUCGGUAGACAUUAGUCAGUGUCGCAAUGGCACGUAAUUUUAGUCCGGAUUACAAAUAAAAGGAAGCCCGGCCACCCGGCAAACGGAUCAAUGCGUAGAAUUUUAAGCAAACGUAAAUUCGCAUCGUGCAGCUUUUUUUAUUGUUUUGUUUCCGUGAAAGCCUAUCCAACUUUAAACUCUUGCAGCGUGUUCAGUUUGAGGACGGAUGUAGCAAAUGCAAUCGACAUUGGAACAAAAACUGGGUACAGAUUUGCAGCAGAAAAUAAAUUUGGCCCAGCUGAAACAGAAUUGAAUUGAGAAAAAAAAAGCUUCUAAUAUUCAAAAUAUGUUGGCAAAAAUAUAACUCGUUAGCUCGAGUGUCCCAAAAAAAUGCGAACCUGGCGAGCUGCGCACCAACAAAAAGAAACAUUCCCAAAAUGCGAAUUAUUAUCAAAUCCGGAAACAACCGAGCGGUAGCUGCAUUCACUUCACACUCUUUUUCCUCCUCCUUCACCUCCUACAAAAGCUUCACCAAUUGUUCAAAGCUUCAUAAAAGUCAUGUUUUCGGGGGGUCUGCAUUCGUGCAGCGCAAUGGGCACAUUGCACAUAAUAAUAUUUUCCAAUCCUCGGUUAGAUUCUCGUGCAGUCCGGUGCCCAGGAUGUUUUGUGGGAUUUUUGUAUCGAUUUGCUGUUGACCCUGUUGCGGUUCGGUAGCCGUGUUGCUGGGAUGUGCGAAAAAAAUAAUCCCUUUUUGUACAGGCAUUCCUUUCCCCCGCGCGACGACCCGUUUAGGGCUGCACGAGGAGAUGAAUUUGAACGAGUGUUACAAUAAGAGAGAAUAAAAACUAAAAACAUAUAAAAAAUAGUGUAUGAUUCACCUACACGAAAAGGAAUGCAUUUUUGUUUCAGCUCUACAAGUACACUUGUUGCAUAGAAAUAUCAACUCGAAAGAAUGAAAUGUAUAUAGCCUUACGAGCGAUUAAUGUAUCAUAAAUCACGAUCGCGGCGUUGCAAUGCAAUCCAUUCCAAUUUAUGCGCCCUGCAGAAGAUAAUUUCCAAAUAAUACGGAUUUAAUAGAGCGCUCCCGUUUGUUGCGAGCGAAGCUCAAGGAUUAUCGAGCCCUCCACACACACUACAACGGUCACCACUGUAAGCAUCACGAGCACGAGCAGCACGGCCGUGCACACAGCAUCAAAUCGAAUUCUAUUUUAUA